GAAAGUGCAAGAGGUGCCCUGAGGGGAGCUGACCUGGGUGGAGCCUCUAAAGGGAAGAUUUUAGAGGGAGAUUUUACAGGGGCGUGGUAGGCGAUGAUGUUCUGAGAGCCUCGGGCACCCCUAAUGUAUGUAUGUGCUGUAAUGGGGGAUCAUGGCCUGAAGAGGAAGGGCCCAGGACUAAGGAGAGCCCUUUCAGCAGUCUGAAGUUGCUUACUGCCUCAGGAGCUGUAUCCUGCUUUGUGUUGUGCUGCAACACCACACUGAGGAGUGAAAGGCAAUGAGCACGGGAACAGUAACAACAGAGCCUAUGAGAGGAGACAAGAUGAAUGCGCUUUGCCAGGAACUGGUGCUACCUGGCCCUGUGGAUGCAGGAAAUGAGGACAGCCAUGUCAUCUCCAGUGAGAACUUAGCAGUGGGACAAAGUUUGCUUUUAACAGAGGCGUCCGUGGAAACAGCUGGGGUUGAAAUAUUUGUAGAAGCUGUGACUAGCAGCAUGUCCCUCAGCAAUCCUGGCAACGCUACAGAGGUCCUGGUCAAAGUUGUGGAACUAUAUUUCUGUGAACGGUGCGGUCAGAGCUUCUCUGAUCCCAGCCUGCUUUCCCAGCAUCAGUGCAUUGAGCUUUCUAGAGGACCACUGACAAGCAUCCCUCAGCUCCAAGAGUUACCGCUGGGCCUUAGCAGCCACAACCUGGCUGUCUCUGGAGAGCAUCCAGCUGCCCACGAGGCACAAGCACAGGAUUUUCUGGAUGGAAGCAGGCAGGAGCCGGAGUUCUGCACCGAGCCCCUUUUGUGCCCUGUUUGCCAAGCGGGGUUUGCAUUGCCCACAGAGCUGAAGGAACACUUUAAGGUUCACAACAAACCCCAGGGUGCCCAAGUCUGCCUUGCAGAAGGCUGUCCUUUUAGCUCAGAGGAUCGCAAGCAACUCCGGGGGCACCUGCGGCGUGUCCACCAGGUGUCUCCAGUGGCCUGUACCUACCGUGGCUGCCUGCUCUUAUUUCGGAACCGAGAGGACAUGGAACUUCACCACAGGAGCCACUUCCCUUUCCACUGUGGGCACUGUGAUUUCAUCAGUGCCAACGCCAAGCAGUUUGGCCAGCACAGGCGCAGCCAUCUUCAGGAGGCCACGCAGCAGGAAGUGGGAGCAGUGCUGGAAAUGGGAGCAGUAGCUGAGAGCGCUGAGCACAGCUUCACUGCCAUAGUGGGAAAGGCACUGACUGAUCGUCGGCUUCUGACUUCAGGAAGGGCAGAAGCACUGAGCAAGGCUGAGAAUUGCCUGGAAGUUCAGAGUUGUUGGGAGGUGACAGAAAUGGAGCCUGCCCCAGGAGCACAUGUCGGUAGCAGUGAUGUGCCUCCUGAGGAUGCAGGGCCAUUGGCCAAGGAAGACAACACUGGGAAGAGAGGGGAUGAAUUACUAGAGGAGGAGGAGGAGGAGGAGAGCUUUGGCAAGAAAGCAUCUUCUAAGACAACGAAGCCCCAGCUAUUCAAAGGAGAUGUGAUCGGGGACUCCAAAUACCUGUUCAAGACCCACAUGUGUCCUGAGUGCAAGCGUUGCUUCAAGAAGCGGACUCACCUGGUGGAACAUCUUCACCUACACUUCCCUGACCCAAGGCUGCAGUGCCCAAACUGUCAGAAGUUCUUCACCAGCAAGAGCAAGCUGAAGAUCCACAUGAUGCGCGAGACUGGGGAGAAGGCCCACCGGUGUCCACUUUGCCACUACAGCUCUGUUGAGAAGAAUGCUCUCAACAGGCACAUGGCCAGCAUGCAUGAGGACAUUUCCAACUUCUAUUCAGAUGUCUACUCCUGUCCUGUGUGCAAGGAGACAUUUAAGCUCAGCCAUGCUCUCAAAGAGCAUCUGAAGACCCACAAGGCAGAGCCCAAGCAACUGAGCUGCUUCCAGGCAAGCUGCAGUUACUGCACAAAAGACCGCAAGGAGUUCCUGCGGCAUGUCAGGGAGGCGCAUGAAAUCAAAGCUGUGGAGUGCAAGUACUACGCCUGCUCGCUGCUCUUCCCCACUGUGGAGGUCAUGGAAGCACAUCGCAAAACACACUAUGCCUUCCACUGCCAGCAGUGUGAUUUUAUCUGUUCCAAUAAGCACGUCUUCCGCAAGCACAAGAAGCAAGGCCACCCAGGGAGCGAACAGCUCCAGUGCAGCUUCUGCCCCUUUGCUACGUUCAACUCAGUGGAAUUCCAUGACCAUGUUGGCAAGAUGCACGCUAGCGAGAAGAUACACAAGUGCUCGGAAUGCAACUUUGCCACUGCUCACAAGAGGGUCCUCAUCCGCCACAUGCUGCUCCAUACAGGAGAGAAGCCUCACAAAUGCCAGCUGUGCGACUUCACUUGUCGAGAUGUGAGCUACCUUUCCAAACAUAUGCUGACUCACUCUGAUGAUAAGAACUACAUGUGCACGGAGUGUGGCUAUGUGACAAAGUGGAAACACUACCUGAACGUUCACAUGCGGAAGCACACAGGAGAUCUGAGGUACCAGUGUAACCAGUGUCCCUACCGCUGCCACCGGGCUGACCAGCUGAGCAGCCACAAGCUGCGCCACCAGGGCAAGUCCUUGAUCUGUGAGGUGUGUGGUUUUGCUUGCAAGCGUAAGUAUGAGCUGCAGAAGCAUAUGCAGGUGAAACAUUCCCAGAACUACCAGACUCCCGUCUUCCAGUGCCAAUACUGCAGCUACCAGACCAAAUACAAGCAAGCCCUGCUGAACCAUGAGAACUGCAAGCACACCAAGCAGCGGGAGUUCCGCUGUGCCCUGUGCCCUUACCGCACCUUCAGCAACACGAGCCUUUUUUUCCACAAGCGUAAGGUCCAUGGCUACGUGCCCGGCGACAAGGGCUGGCAGGAGCACUAUGCCAGCAGGGAGCUGGAGGUCACCUCUGCGGACGUGCUGCUGAGCUACAACCUUGCCAUGACCCUCCAUUCUGAGCCCAGCCACACCCUCCCUGGGAGAGAGCCGUGGUGUGCCAAAGCCAAGACCCUCGUUUCGGAGGCCCAGAAGGAGGACUGCCACCAGGAGGCUUUCACCCUGCCUCUCUUUGGGAAUGGAGGCAACACUGAGAAAAUGAGAGAGGAAGUGGUGGGAGGGCAAGACCACUGUAAGACAGAUGGGGUCCCUUCAGAGAAGCUCUCUGCAAAAGCCUCUUCUGAGAGCUCAGGGGAACUGGCCGGUAUCAGGAAGGCCCUUUCAAGUUGCACCCUGCACUUGGAGAGCCUGUGUAACUCAGACCCUGAACAGCUGGCCGAGGAGAUGCCCACAGCAGUUGCAGAGAAAGGGGAGGCUCUGAAUUGCAAGGAAGUGGAACCGGCUUAUGAAGCAUUAAGCUCCAGGGAUUCCCUCGUCUUGGAGGAUAGUGAGCCUGCCCUUGCAGAUAUCCCCGACUUUGAGGAGGAGGCAGAGGUCCAUGAGGAUGGAGAGAUUGAGAAAGAUGUUGAAUCUGGGACUGUUGAGAAUAGUGAACAGGAUGCUCUGCAAGAUCUGGGGAAUAGUAAAGAGGACAGGCAGGACUCUGAACUCAUGCAGGCACCACCCAGCCCUGAGCAGGGAGAGGGAUGCAAAGAGCCGAGUGUGCAGGAGGCUUGGUCAAAUGGGCAAAAGCAAGAUUCCCUUCAACCUGUUACUGGCGGUGAGACUCUCUUUGCCCCACAAGAUGUGCUUCUUCCCUCAGAAGAGGGCUCCCAGUCAGAAUCUGUGCUUAAAGCGCUAAGGAGGCAGGACAAGGAGCAAGCGGAAACCCUGGUCCUGGAAGGCAGGGUGCAGAUGCUGGUGGUUCAGUCUGAGAGCCGGGUCUUCAAGUGUGAGAAAUGUUCCUACAUUACUAGGAAGGAGAAAUCGAUGUUGGUGCACCGCAGAGCUGGCUGCCAGAGCAGGAAAUGCCCCUUGGUGUGCCAGGAGUGUGGGGCCAUUUUCAAGCAGCAGAGAGGGCUGAAUACCCACCUCCUCAAGAAGUGUCCAGUUCUCAUGAAGAAGAACAGUGGGAAAGUAGCCUGCUUAGACCAGCCGCCUGCUGUACGGCCCAGUGGCAAAAGCCUGGAAAAUGUAGAGACAAAGAUGAAUGGUACAGGAGCCUUAGAUGAGGAGGUCAGCAAGCUUCAGAAGGCUUCCUGGGAAGUAGAGCUGAGGCUGGUUAACACUGAAUCUGUGGCUGCUGUUCCUCCUGACACACAGUCCUUGCCCAUCACUCCACAGGAGGAGCCAUCUCCAGAUGCCUCUCAAACUGUGGUGGAGGAACUGUUGCCAGAAGCGACUGCAGACGCAGCUAACUAUCACUCGGAGAAAUACUACAUGGAGCAGAGCAAGUUCCGCUGCAGAUCAUGCUCCUUUGUCUGUUCGCGAGUGUCCACCAUCAGCUCCCACGUGGAGGAUGGCUGCCGUGGCUUGGAGCGCUUCUGCUGCCCUGUGUGCUCUAAGCCUUUCAGCUCCAAGAGAGCCCUAAAAGUCCACCAGUUGGAGGAGCACAUUGAAGCUCAUCCCACUAGGCGGCUUGAAGGGACUGACAGCCCCACAGCCCCAGAGGAGGGACCAGAGCGAGGAAAUGGGCAGAUCGUCUGUGAGGAGGUGGCCCAGCCCGACGAGCUGGCAGGGACAUCAUCUCCCCAUCCAGUCACCCCACACAAGAGGCAACGCUUCUCCUGCCCCACCUGCCCUUUCACAUGCCACCAGGAACGCGCCCUGAAGACUCACAAGAAGCGGGGGUGCCUGAAGCUGGGGGAGUUCCGCUGCACGUUGUGCUCCUUCACCUCCAAGGCCGCCGCAGCCCUACGGCUCCACCACAAGCUCCACCGGAAGUACUACAGCGCCCGGCCCCAGCUGGCCUGCCGUCAGUGCGACUUCACUUGCAAGCAGGUGCGCUGCCUGCGCCAGCAUGUCCGCAUCAAGCACGAGGGCGUGAAACCUCACAAGUGCCCGUACUGCGAGUUCAGCACCACCCGGCGCUACCGCCUGGAUGCCCACCAGUCCUUGCACACGGGCGUGGGCCGCAUUGCCUGCGCAACCUGCGGCCAGACCUUUGGCACCAACUCCAAAUUACGCAUUCACCGCCUACGUGUCCACGAGAAGAAGCCCACCCACUUCUGCCAGCUCUGCGAUUAUAGUGGCUACAUUCAGAAUGACAUCACCCGCCACGUCAACAGCUGCCACCAAGGGGAGCUGAACUUUGCUUGCUCACACUGUGAAGCCCGCUUUAGUUCGGAAACAGCCCUCAAGCAGCACGCUCUGCGGCAGCAUGAAGAGAAGGUCUCCUACAGUUGCCCUCGCUGUGCCUUUGUCUGCCACAGCGAGGCUACCCUCAAGUGCCACGUCCAGAAGCAGCACCGGCACCUGGAAUGUGGCACCUGCAAGGUGACUCUGGCCACCCGCGAGGAGUUAGAGGAGCACAAGAAGUUGCACUUCAAUCACCACUGCGAGAUCUGCAGUUUUGCAGCCAAGGAGAGGCAGCAGCUGGUGAGCCACUACUUAGAGACCCACGAGCCCUCUGUGGCUGAUGAAAGGCCACUCAAAUGCUCCUUCUGUGACUUCGGCUGCCAUCACCAGCUAGUGAUGGACCACCAUAUGAAGGGCCACGGUGGCACCCGCAUCUACAAGUGCUCCGACUGCGAAUACGCCACCAAGAACAAGCAAAAGAUCACAUGGCAUAUCCGCAUCCACACGGGGGAGAAACCCUACAAGUGCCACCUGUGCCAGUAUGCCUGUGCUGACCCGUCACGCCUCAAGUAUCACAUGCGCAUACACAAGGAGGAGAGAAAGUACCUUUGCCCUGAAUGUGGCUACAAGUGCAAGUGGGUGAAUCAACUAAAAUACCACAUGACAAAGCAUACAGGGAUCAAGCCAUAUCAGUGUGAUGAGUGCAAAUACUGUACCAACCGUGCUGAUGCCCUCCGCAUCCAUAAGGAGACACGCCAUCGUGAGGCCCGCUCUUUCAUCUGUGAGCAGUGUGGGAAGGCCUUUAAGACUCGCUUCCUCCUCAAGACUCAUCUGAAGAAGCACAGCGAGGAGAAGCCAUAUGUCUGCAAUGUGUGUUGUCGGGGCUUCCGGUGGGCAGCUGGCUUGCGGCAUCACUAUCUCACUCACACCAAUGAGCACCCUUUCUUCUGCCGCUACUGCAGCUACAAGGCCAAGCAGAAGUUCCAAGUCAUCAAGCAUUUGCAGAGGCACCACCCCGAGCAGGGCAGAACAGAGGAGGAUCUCAGCAAAGGGGUGGGCAAGGACCCCAGUACAAUUACUGUCCACCUGCAUGAUGUUCAGCUUGAGAUUUCCCCCUCCAAGCACCCGGAAGAGGUGUCGCCACAGGGCUAAGACAAGCCUGAAAAAAUGGACUUGCAAGUCAAGACUUCUUUGCUGUGAUUUCCAUGAGCCAGAAGUGGGUGGAAGCCCUAGCCCUGGCAGCGUGUGGAGGCACCUUCCAAGCUGUUUCAAGCCCUUUGGAGCAAACACUGGCCCUUCUAGGUCAAGCGUAUGCACUAGUAUAUAUUUAUAGUCAUAUCUGUAUAUGGGAUGUAAAAUAUGUGACUGUAUAAAAGGGAUCUCCAGCCUUG